AUGGCGAACGAGAUUGCCGCCGCGCACACGAAGCACAAUCGCACUGCGAAAGGCUUGGUUCUGGAGCGUCUCCUGCAAGGCGCGCGUGGGCUGGAUGUUGGCACGCAACAAGCGAGCGGGGUCGGGGGCACAUUCUUCAAAGUUACCAGCAAUACCGGCAGCAGUCUUGACGACAGCGUUUUUAAACGUAAUUUUAUACAGGGUAGAGUCAAGGGUUUGGAAAUCACGGGAAAGCUCUCUCUAAGAAUCAAAGGUCUAGACCGGACUCGUGUUGCUGGAUCCAGCGGGCGCGGUAGCCAAGAGAGCGGCCAAGGCCAGCACGAGAAGAGUUUUUUGAGGAGCAUGGUAGGUCAGAGAGCGGAGCGAGGAUGGGAGUCACGGCUUUGGCAAGGAUCAUUCGUCGCUCUGGCUAUGGUUCCUACCGGGAAAUCCUUCCCAAUUAAUUUGAACAUUGGUGGUACCUCUGGUGCCGAGGAAUACAUAGAGCCACCCUUGGAAGGGCACGCCUGGGGUUGUUUCGGAUACACGGAGGAGGAGGACUUGGGCGACGACUGUGCAGAAGUCUUUGACAUCAUAGUGCGCGCGCGUGCAUUGCUUACAUGUGAGGAGAGCCACCGCGUUUCGGUUGUCAUUGUUGACCGGUGGGCAUAUCUCUCGUGUGACAAGAAUUAA